GCAUUCGUUGUUGACUUGUUUCAUUUUUGGUCUCUCUCUCUCUCUCUCUCUCUCUCUCUCUCUCUCUCACACACUGGACCCUCGAUUGCGAUCGCCGAUCUCCGGCUUAGAUUGUCUGUUUCUCCCGGCGAGAUUUUCUUAGCGAUGAAGAAAAACACCGACGUCUUCGAUUUCAACGAAGAGGAUGAGCUCGCUGAGUCCGCUUCUGGAAAGCUAUUGGAAAAAUUCACAAACCCUAGCUCGUCCGGUUCUCCAAUUCCGCAAUGCCAACGCAUCCAAAGCUUUUGCGAGGACGAACCUGCUCCGAAGGAAGAAGUAGAAGGCGCGAGUUGUGCAGAAGCUGCUGCUACUGCUCUAGUCGGUCGUCAUUGUGAAGAUGCUCCUGCUUUAGCAACGGAAGCUGAGGAUUCAACCAGAGACCGUUUGAUCGAAACAGAUGUAGAUCAUGGAUUGAUGCUUGGUUUGAAUUCCGAAGACCGUGCAACAGAAGCAGAUGUUGAUCACAAUAAUCAUGGAUUGACGUUUGGUUUGAAUUCUGAAGACCACAUAAAAGAAACAGAUGCAGAUGACGACAAUCAGGGAUUGAUGUUUGGUUUGGAUACUAAAGACCACAUAAAAGAAGAAGAUGGAGAUCAUGGACUGGAAAGUUUCUCUUACCAGCCAAGCGCUAAAGGUUACUACGCCGAAUCUUCAUCGUAUAGUCAACACCAGCUUAACUCACCACUUUCGGAUUCUUCAUCCAGUGAGGAGCGAACUGAUAUGAAGUCAUCUACUGAUGAAAGCUUGAGUGAACGAUCUGCGUUGAGUGAAGCUUCUGAUUCAGAAGGCGAUGAAGAUUGGAUGGCUGAACACUGCUUAGAUGACAUGGAAAAGACCGAAAGAAAAACGGCUGUUAUGAUGAUUCCAGAGUAUGUUGUGCUUAAGGAUAUGCCUUGUGCUGCCUCUCUGCUAAUCUUUUCAUGCAAUGGAAUCAAAAUAAAGUGCUACCUUGAUAAUAAUGAAGAAGAGCCAUUCUGUUGUGAAUUUGGAGUUGAAGACAUAGUUAGUAUUCAGUACAAUUGGUACCAAAAUGUUGGUCUGAUUAUUCUCAGAAUUCGAGUUCUAUUAAAGGACGAAAAAUGCCAUGAAGAUAUGCAACACACAACAGACAUUGAGGAGUUAAAGGUCGCAGUUAAAGAUCACAAUUGGCCUGAGAAGCAACAACAAAUUAACUCGCUGCAUGUGAAAUACCAGGCUGUAUGGAGUGCUGAUCUCGAUGAGGACGUGGAAGUAUCAGGGGGCAACUUGCAUCAACGGAAGCGUUAUUUUCCACGCUUUGAUGAACCCUUUGAGGAUGUUGUCUAUCCCAAGGGAGAUCCAGAUGCUGUUUCCAUUUGCAAAAGAGAUGUUGAGCUCUUGCAGCCAGAGACAUUUGUGAAUGACACAAUCAUUGACUUCUAUAUUAAUUAUUUGAAGAAUCAGAUUCAAGCGGAGGAGAGACAGAGAUUCCAUUUCUUUAACAGCUUUUUCUUCCGGAAACUUGCUGAUCUCGACAAAGAUCCAUCGAGUAUAGCCGAUGGAAAGGCUGCCUUUUUACGUGUCCGGAAGUGGACAAGGAAGGUGGACUUGUUUGGGAAGGACUUCAUUUUUGUUCCGGUGAAUUUUAAUCUUCACUGGAGUUUGAUAAUCAUAUGUCAUCCUGGUGAAGUGGCUAAUUGUACAGAUCUAGACUUAGAUGACUCCACAAAAGUACCAUGCAUAUUACAUAUGGAUUCUAUAAAAGGGAGCCACGCAGGGCUUAAAAAUCUUGUCCAAAGUUACUUGUGCGAGGAGUGGAAGGAAAGGCAUAAGGACACAUCGGAUGAUAUUUCUUCCAGAUUCAUGAAUUUGCGAUUUGUCUCACUUGAGUUGCCACAGCAGGAGAACUCGUACGACUGUGGCCUCUUUCUGCUGCACUAUUUGGAGCUAUUUCUUGCUGAAGCUCCCCAAAAUUUUAGUCCUUUCAAGAUAUACAAUGCUUCCAACUUUCUUUAUCUAAACUGGUUCCCUCCUGCUGAGGCCUCAUUGAAGCGUACUCUGAUUGAGAAGUUAAUUUUUGAACUCCUUGAAAACCGCUCACGGGAAGUGAUGGAUGAACAGAACCAGUCCUGCGAAAGUCCAGUGGCCGUCAAUAACAAUACUGGCAUCGAGGUUCUCUCUGGGAGAUGCACCUCCUUGAUAGACUGUAACGGGAAUAUGACACAGACGCAAGACGAACAAGGAAUUGAAAUGACUCUGCUUGAAAGAUCUUCCAUGAGGAACGUGCAAGCUGUUAAUGAUUCCGGUAUGGUUCUGAGGGAUUUAUUCGAUGCAGGAGUCAACAACCCAGGAUCGUUACUUGGACAACUACAACAAACAUUCGAGGAACCAGCUUCAUUUUAUCAUCUUAAUAACAACUCAUUGGCAACGGAGCAAGUAGAGAUGGAAAGUGGUGAACAGUUUAUGUGUCUGAACUCUGGAGAGGACAACUUUCAACGAAUCACUGGAACUGAAUCUCCGAGAGCAUCUGUCUCGUUCUCUUCAUUGAACCUAACUAUGAUGCCGGCUCAGAAGGAAGGUGAGGCUGAUUCGUUAUCUGAAGCCUCUAAUGAUUCAGAAGAUAUUGGUAUCAUAGAAGACAGCCCUAUGGAAAAUAUUCGUGAAGCAGAAACCGAUGAGAGUCCAUCAAGAGAGACGGUCUCUUUAUUUUCUGCAGCCCUGGGUCCUAGCACUGACCAGAACACUGAGAGUGAAGAACCCGCAUCUACUCACGACGAGCUUGUGGUUGCAUCGAGUCGAGAUGGCCGAGACGAGGAGAAGCAAUUGGAGAAUGGUCUUGGGGUUGGGGACAAGACGAGUGAAGAUCUUAGAAUUGGAGACAAGACAAGUGAAGAUCUUGGAACUGAGAACAGGAUGAGUGAAGAUCUUGCAAUUGAGGGCAAGACUAAUGAAGAUCUUGCAACUGAGGACAAGACCAGUGAAGAUCCUGGGAUUAAGGACAAGACCAGUGAAGAUCUUGGGAUUGAGGACAAGACGAGUGAAGAUCUUGGGAUUGAGGAGGACAAGACGAGUGAUGAUCUUGGAAUUGAGGAGAAGACGAGUGAAGACGUUGGGGAUGAUUGUGAUGGGAAGGAGAAGGAGCGUAUGGAGGACGAAGAAGAGAAGCGAGCUGCAAAACGGCCGAGGCUAUCUUCCACAGGCGAAGCUGAGGAGAUGGAGAUAAAUUUAUUGUGACAUGUAUUAACUUUGUCUUCGGUCUUUGAUUUGUUAGAAGGAUUUAAUAUCAACCAACACGUUGUAGGAAAAUGUUUAUAGCGAUGAAAAAUAUAUUUCAUCAGUA